CCUCUGAACUAACCGGUUCAUUUGAGAUCGGAAAACUGUGAGAAGAAUCUUAUACAAUCUGCAUAAUGUCUGGCAGAGGAAAGACUGGCGGUAAAACUAGAGCUAAAGCCAAGACUCGCUCAUCCAGAGCUGGCCUACAGUUUCCCGUCGGUCGCGUCCACCGCUUAUUAAGGAAAGGGAACUACGCUCAGCGUGUAGGUGCUGGGGCCCCGGUCUAUUUAGCCGCUGUGUUGGAGUAUCUCACGGCAGAAAUCCUGGAAUUAGCAGGCAACGCGGCCAGGGACAAUAAGAAGACUCGUAUUAUUCCCCGCCACUUGCAGUUGGCCGUCCGCAAUGAUGAAGAGUUGAACAAACUACUCGGAGGGGUAACAAUUGCCCAGGGAGGCGUCCUGCCCAACAUCCAAGCCGUGUUACUACCUAAAAAGACUUCCGUGGCUGCCCCAGCUUCAGGCAAGAGUUCCGGCAAGAAGAGUUCCCAGCAGUCCCAAGAAUAUUAAGCUAAAGAUCUUGCUGUUUUUAUACCAAAAGGCCCUUCUAAGGGCCACU